CCGACCCAAGAGACCAAGACCAAACUCACCAAGUAUGAAUAUCUAAAACACACACAAAAAAAGGUUGCAUUAUCCAUUGCAAAAUAUAAUCAGUAAGAGAUGAGUUCAAGCAGCUUCUGUUGGAUAAUUAGCACCAAAACUUCAUCAUCAUCUUCAUCUUCUUUUCAAAAUUCUCAAUCCCAUUAUUUGUGCCCACUUCAAUUUCAAUCCUUCCCAUUUCAAAAAUCUACUUUAAAUUCAAGAAAUUACUUAGAAUCCCAUCAACAUAAGAACCCCAAGAAUUUAAUUUGUGUGAAUUCCCUCCAAAUUAAUCAUGGUGUGGAUCAGAUUCUCUCUCCUGUUACCCCAGAUGAACAAGAAACUGGAGAAAUUGAGGAGGUAAUUAGUGAUUUUGAGGAUGAUUUUGAAGACCCAGUUCCAUUUUCUGUUAAUGGAGAGAGUAAGAGGGAACAAGAAGAGGCAGAGGAGGAAGAACGUCGCUUUAAGCUCAGAAAUGGAAAGGAGGUUCUUGCUGAAAAAGCUUAUCUUGUGGGUGUGGAGCAAAAAGGUGUUAAAGUGGAAUCUUUUGGAAUAGAAGAAUCUCUGAAAGAGUUGGCUCAGCUAGCUGACACAGCAGGUCUUCAGGUUGUUGGUUCUACUUAUCAAAAGCUUGCUGCUCCAAAUCCAAGAACAUAUAUUGGCUCAGGCAAGGUUUCUGAGAUCAAGAGUGCAAUUCAUGCAUUUGAUGUUGAAACAGUGAUAUUUGAUGAUGAGCUUUCACCAGGGCAAUUGCGUAAUUUGGAGAAAGUAUUUGGAAAAGAUGUUAGAGUCUGUGAUAGGACUGCACUUAUUCUGGAUAUUUUCAACCAGAGGGCAGCGACUCAUGAAGCUGCUUUACAGGUUGCACUGGCUCAAAUGGAAUAUCAAUUACCACGGCUGACAAGAAUGUGGAGUCAUUUAGAACGUCAAGCAGGAGGGAGGGUGAAAGGUAUGGGUGAGAAACAAAUUGAAGUGGACAAGCGUAUUCUACGAGAUCAAAUUGGUGUUCUGAAAAAAGAGCUGGAAUCUGUUAGGCGCCAUCAAAAGCUGUAUCGCAAUCGUCGUGUUUCAGUGCCUAUUCCAGUUGUAUCUUUAGUAGGAUAUACAAAUGCUGGAAAGAGUACGUUGUUAAAUCAAUUGACUGGUGCAAACGUGCUUGCCGAGGAUCGAUUGUUUGCUACACUUGAUCCAACAACCAGAAGGGUGCAGAUGAAGAAUGGGAAGGAGUUUCUCUUAACUGAUACUGUCGGAUUCAUUCAAAAGCUACCAACUACGCUGGUUGCUGCCUUCAGAGCCACAUUGGAGGAAAUAUCUGAAUCAUCACUUCUAGUGCAUGUGGUGGACAUUAGUCACCCUUUAGCCGAGCAACAAAUUGAUGCUGUGGAUAAAGUUCUGUCAGAAUUGGAUGUGUCACUAAUUCCGAUGUUAAUUAUUUGGAACAAGGUUGAUAAGGUGAGUGAUCCAGAGAAAAUUAAGGCAGAAGCAAAGAGACGAGGCAAUGUUGUCUGUUUAUCUGCUUUGAAUGGUGAUGGACUUGAUGAAUUUUGCAACGCCAUUCAGGAAAAGCUGAAGGAUUCUAUGGUGUGGGUUGAAGCACUGGUUCCUUUUGACAAAGGAGAACUUCUCAGUAGCAUACAUCAAAUUGGAAUGGUAGAAAGAACUGAUUAUACAGAGAAUGGAACAUUGGUCAAAGCACAUGUACCACUUCGCUUAGCAAGACUCCUUACACCGAUGAGACAAUUGGUUGCAUCACUUUAGAUUCAGCAAAUACACGGCCUGCCAGAUUGUACACAAUGAUUUCAGGAAUAUUUUGUUAAACAGAAGCUGUGAAUACUGUGAUGCUACAUUUCGACACUUUAGAUCAAGACUCAAGAGCUUGUGUAUCUUACUAUCUGUACAUAGUUCAUCUGUAGUGUACAUAAUACCAUACAAUCACGCUUCUAAUCAAUACUAAGCCAACUGUUAGUAACUAAUCCCUCUCAAAACUGUCGCUGGCUCGUGCACAAAUCUCUCACAUUAUUAUUACUGAAUCAUACCUUUUUAACCAA